GGAGCCGGGCGCCGCCGGCGCCGCCGUUGCCGCCGGCGCCGCCGAGGCUUAACGUCUCGCUCGCUCGCGCAGCGGCGGCAGCAGAGGUCGCGCACAGAUGCGGGUUAGACUGGCGGGGGGAGGAGGCGGAGGAGGGAAGGAAGCUGCAUGCAUGAGACCCACAGACUCUUGCAAGCCGGAUGCCCUCUGUGGAUGAAAGAUGUAUCGUGGAAUGAACCCGAGCCAUGGAGAUGGAUUUCUAGAGCAGCAGCAGCCUCAGUCCCCCCAGAGACUCUUGGCCGUGAUCCUGUGGUUUCAGCUGGCGCUGUGCUUCGGCCCUGCACAGCUCACGGGCGGCUUCUCUGCAGAAUGUCAAACAAAGAUCGACACAUUGAUUCCAGCUGUUCGUCCUUCAUCAAGACGGAACCCUCCAGCCCGGCCUCCCUGACGGACAGCGUCAACCACCACAGCCCAGGUGGCUCUUCAGACGCCAGCGGGAGCUACAGUUCAACCAUGAAUGGCCAUCAGAACGGACUUGAUUCGCCACCUCUCUACCCUUCUGCGCCUAUCCUAGGAGGUAGUGGGCCUGUCCGGAAACUGUACGAUGACUGCUCCAGCACCAUUGUUGAAGACCCCCAGACCAAGUGCGAAUACAUGCUCAACUCGAUGCCCAAGAGACUGUGUUUAGUGUGCGGUGACAUCGCGUCUGGGUACCACUAUGGGGUAGCAUCCUGUGAAGCCUGCAAGGCAUUCUUCAAGAGGACGAUUCAAGGUAAUAUAGAAUAUAGCUGCCCUGCCACGAAUGAAUGUGAAAUCACAAAGCGCAGACGUAAAUCCUGCCAGGCUUGCCGCUUCAUGAAGUGUUUAAAAGUGGGCAUGCUCAAAGAAGGAGUGCGUCUUGACAGAGUACGUGGAGGUCGGCAGAAGUACAAGCGCAGAAUAGAUGCGGAGAACAGCCCGUACCUGAACCCUCAGUUGGUUCAGCCAGCCAAAAAGCCAUAUAACAAGAUUGUCUCACAUUUAUUGGUGGCUGAACCGGAGAAGAUCUAUGCCAUGCCUGACCCUACUGUUCCCGACAGUGACAUCAAAGCCCUCACUACACUGUGCGACUUGGCCGAUCGAGAAUUGGUGGUUAUCAUUGGAUGGGCGAAGCAUAUUCCAGACUUAGCUUUGGAACCAAACCCUUCUGACCACCCAAGGUCAAGCACAGUUUGUCUGAGCAAAUCUCAAACAGAGGUGCGGGAAAAGACGAAGAGCAACCCUUUAAACCAUGUUCCUAUUAUUCGGAUGUUGGAAGUCUUAGACUUACCAGAUCGGCGGAUUCUUAACCACUGCGCCACCAGGGAAGUCCCAUUCCUUCUUCCUGUUUUGAUCUCUUACUUGUUGGGGGCUUCCCUCAAACGAGUGAUGGUCCUUGGCUGUCUGUUAAGAUCUAAUUGGAAGCAUCACUUGGACAACUCGUUAACUGAUGGGCCUCACUGCAAGGAUUUGGGGACCACGCCUCUGAACUCUGAGCCUGCCUUGGGUUCCGUAAGACAAACUGGUUUUCUUGUUCCUGUCCUAGUCACUCUCUGUAGGUACCAAGGUUGUGCUUCCUCUGUUCUGCCAUGUCAGUUACCACUCCUUUAUCUAGUCUUUUCACCUUUCAAACAUUAAAAAUCAUCUGCUGUUUAUCCUGUCUUAUGUAUAGCUUUUUUAAAAAAUGCCUUUAAUUCUACUGAGAUGAUAUCUGAAAGAAGGGGGAGAGGAAAUAGAUUUGUGGUCAGUCUACUCAAACUUAGAUUUAUUCUUUGAAUAUAGGUUCUGAGUUUGAAGUUUAAUUCAAUAUAAUUAACGAUAUUAAUUCAGACAAUAUUUUGGAUUAUACCUAUAAUUAGAAUAUUAUACUUUUCUACUAAGGCCUGGAGUAUGAAUUCUAUUCAAACCACUCACCCUACCAUAUUGUCCAUUAAUGUGCAACAUAGAUGGAGUAUUACAGACUUUUCAGUUAAAGUCAUUGAUUCUUAAUAAACGUAUCCAAAACUUGUGAAAAGGGGGAAGAAAAAAGUGAACUUCAGCUUUAUUCUCUUUUUUUUUUUUUUCAUUUAUAUACUUUUAUUUGGGAAUGUUUAAAUCAAUACAGAGAAAACUAAAUUUCAGAGACACUGAAUAUCAUUAGUUUGGAUAUCAUUACUUUCUUAUAAAAGAAACACGGAAAUUAUUUACAGGAUGAAAGAUUUCAGAACUUCAGUGGCAGCUUCACGUGAUGCCAUUGGGGGAACGGGCAGCUUCACGUGAUGCCAUUUCAAUAGUGACUUAUUUUCGUCGACAUAUUUUCCAAGAAUGUCACCAUCUCUAAAUAAGAAAGAAUCCUUGUCAUCUAGAACUACUUUGGUGCCUCCAUAUUCUGGGAGAAGAACUUUAUCUCCAACUUUCACACUAACUGGUUGAAUCUCUCCACCCUUUCCUUUAGAGCCUGAUCCAACAGCUACUACCAUUGCUUGCAAUACUUUUCCUUGCGAUUUUUCUGGAAGCAUAAUGCCUCCUUUGGGUACAACUUCGGGUGCACUUCUUUCAACUAAUACUCGGUCAAAGAGGGGAAGAAACUUUCUAAAUGCCUGUCCUGCCAUGACUCGGGUUGCCGCACUUCGUACUCUCGCUCUCUCCAGCUUUAUUCUUUUAAUGGGUUAAAAUCAGAGGCAGUGGGCACAGUGGGAAGAGUCAUUGGGUGGGGGCAGGAUUUCAACAGGUACUUGACCUUUAAUGAUAAGCUUUGAGGGUUGUUACUUACUAACCUCCUAGGUAUGAUUAUUUUCUAGUCUUCACCAUUAAACCUGAAGUCUACUAAGCAACCUUUCCCCUUAUAAAGAUUGUAAAAGUCCAUGUAUUUUGUCCUUAGUGCUGAAUGAAGAUAAAUACUCUUCUUCAGUGACCAAUUGAAAUAAUACCUAUGAACAUUAAACUGUCAGUAGUGUUUUUUGCUACUUGUUUUUUUUUUUUUUGUAUUUGCAUUUUAUACCCUUAUGUGUGUCAGUGCAGUUUAUUGAGGUUGUGAGCCAGCAAUGGUAAGGCUUUAAUCAUAAAGGACAGUUAUCUUAAAUUUUCAAGCAAGAUGAGAGGAAAGUAAUCUGCUGGCAGCUAACAUAUCUAGGCUUUGCUCAGAGGCUUCAAUUCUGCCAUCCUUUAGUGAACACUAGAUGCUGGAAAGUUUGAAUA